AUGUUGAGCUUUCGGACGCGCUUAGGCUAUGCCCUGUCUCUCACCGUCACGGUCGUCUUGCUGUGCUGGUGGUACAUGGCAUGGUUUCAGCAGCCUUGGGGUUCUCUCGACGAUGCGGCGGGCUCACUGAAUACCGGACGUGGAGCAUGUCGCGAGGAACUGGCCGACGUGAGGGAAGCCCUUGCGCUCCCUGACAUCUUUGAGUACAGCAAGAGAACUAUUCGGGCGAAGCCGGUCAAGCGAUGGAAGCAGCAGAGCGUCGUCCGGCGAGCCCAGAAACUCAUCCCAGACCUAGAGCACAUGAAUAUCGAAGACCCCGAUUGCAGACUGCCAUCCGACGAAGCGCCUCUCGACAUUGAAUAUUCCUCCAAACCGCCUCCGAGGGUCGAUACUUCCAAACUCAUGAUCGGUGCUUCCACCACUCUCUCCCGUCUCAAGGGAGCCUUGCCACAAAUGUCCCGCUGGCUCAGCAACACCAGCACGCCCUUGAUCGUGAACAUCCUCGACAGCAGCGAUACCGACCUCUUCGGGGAAGUGCAGGACCUCGCGCAUGCCCUCGCUAUCAACUGCACGCUCGUGCCCAACGUGGACCACGGCCCCGAAGACGAAGACCGCCACGCCCAUCGCCACUUCUCCAUCGUCAAGAUCCUCCACGCGCACAAAUCCGCCUCGACCAAAUGGUUCGCCGUCAUCGACGACGACACCUUCUUCCCCUCCCUGGCCAAUCUCCUCGCCGCGCUCGAGCCCUUCGACCCGGAGCGGGAAUGGUAUCUCGGCGCCCUCUCCGAGGACUGGAACACCAUCAAGAACCGCUUCGGCUUCAUGGCCUACGGCGGCGCCGGCAUCCUCCUCUCCCACCCGCUUCUCGAAACUCUCCACAGGAAUUUCGACGACUGUCUCGCCCCGGGAGGCCUGGAAGGCGACCGCCUGUACCGCGAUUGCGUCUUUCUGCAUACCGCCCCGCCCGUCACCAUGACCAUCCUGCCCGGGCUCAACCAGAUGGAUCUCCUCGGCGAUGUGAGCGGCUGGUACCAAUCGCGCUUGACAUCCCGACUCUUGAGUCUCCACCAUUUCAACGAGUGGCAUCAUUACCCCAUCCAACACGGCCAUCUAGUCUCGGACAUCUGCGGUUCCGGGCCGGGGAAAUGUUUCCUGCAACGAUAUGCGUUUGCCGAUGAAGCGUUGAUGACGAAUGGGUAUAGCGUGGUGGAAUAUCCCAACGGCAUAUCGUUUGACGAUCUCGAUCGUGUCGAGGGGACGUUUCCGCAUAAUGUCGGACAAUUUGAUUUUAGUCUGGGGAGGUUGAGGGAUGUGGUGGAUGUCAAGAUUGUUUGGAGACUGGAAUUCGCGGUGAAAGAAGGGGAUGGUCGGGUGAGGCAGUUUUAUGUGCGCAGGGGAGCUGGAGAUGAGCGGGCGGGUGAUGAGGAUAGAUUGAAGAUGGAAGUCACGGGUGUUUUUGAGGUGGAAUGGCAGGCGGUCCGUUGA